CACACAACCGUGUAUGCAAUGGCGAGUGUUUAACGAUAGAGUGUAUAGUCUGUAAGUCUGCGUUGACAGCGAGUUGUGUUGAUCCUUGUUGCUUCAUGUCUGAGUCGAGGUGACGAAACUUGCCGGUUGCUACUGUUUCAGCCAUAGGGCAAAAAUGGAUGUAUUACCAAGUGGGAAUAUUUUCCGGGAGCUGCAAGUUGUCCACGACACCGGUUACUUUAGCUCUCAGCCAUCGCUUGAAGACACUUGGCAACAGAACUGCCUGGAAAUGGAACGCUACCUCAAAGAUGAACCUAAGCUCACGUCUUUCAAGAAACUCAAUUCCGAGGAUGCCGCAUCAGGAGGGGUAUCGAUGAAGCGUCGGGCUGAGGCCUGUGAAGCUUCAGAAGCAGAGGGAGAAGCAGAUUACCCUGAGUCCGAUGAUGUAGAUAACAUUCCUGAUGAUGAAGAUGACGAUGAUGAUGUGUGCGAUAGCGGUGAUGAAGUUGAAGCCGAUGACAAACUGAAUGAAUUUGCACAGCUCAAUUUGAAUGAUCGGGCAUCGGAUACCCUCAGUAUAAACAGCUUCAGUUCAGCAUCUAGUGGUGUGUCAUGGGAUAGUAACAUAAGUGACCCUCCUUUGUCACCAAUACGACCGAAAUCUAAUGACCCUUUUGCUUUGAAAUUAGUUGCACAGAGGCCUGGCAGGACAGAAACAGUUGCACUGCGUCCAAUUUCAGCAGAGUUGGUUCAUAGACAUCAAAAAAUUAUUGUGGCAGCUGGGUCAUCACAUAAACGGCCACAAACUGCCCACCAUCAUAGCCAGUCUCAGCAGUGUGUAUCACACCCUCCUUCCGGAACCCGUAUAGAAGUUAGUCUCGACACCAGGAAAAGGGUUCACCACUGUCCAUACUCGGGAUGUAAAAAGGUCUACACCAAAAGUUCACACCUUAAGGCUCAUCUACGAACGCAUACAGGUGAGAAACCCUACAAAUGUACAUGGGAAGGUUGUGAAUGGCGAUUUGCCCGAAGUGAUGAACUUACACGCCACUACCGAAAACAUACCGGGGCAAAACCCUUCCAAUGCAGGUAUUGUGAGAGAUGUUUCUCCCGAUCGGACCAUCUGGCACUACACAUGAAACGUCAUGCAACCAUGGAUCUUUGACACCGUUCAAGUCCUCACCCAUUUACCAUCGCCAUUUGACCAUGACCUACAACUCUGUGAUAAGAACAAACAAGCACACGUGAUACGAAACAUUGAAUCUAAAAUCAUAGUGUUAUGUCAUUUGAAAGGGGAGAAUUUCCUCAUUUGAAUGAAUGGUCACAUGACAGAAUAAUGUUUGAACAAAAGUGCAUGACUAGUGGUCAUCUGAGCCAUUUUGAAAGCACAUUGAAAUUACACCAUGACUGGCCAGUGAUGGGACUCGCAGUUGUGCCAAGAAGACUUCACAUUCAUGUUAGUGCACUAAUCAGAAAAGACAAUGAGUGGCUCUCAGGAAUUGUUACUCCAGAGGAGAAUUUGUAAGAAACACUGGACAUGUUGAACGUCAUCGUGCAUUUCCAUAUACCAGUACUCUGAAGACAUGGACAAAAGAUCUGGAACAUUGUUAAGGAAGUGUGAGAGAAAGGAAUGUUUGAAUUGGCUGUGGAUUCAGCCAUUGGUGACCUCUGAAGGUCAUGACAUUGAACUUAUGAUAUUAACUUCGUACUACUUCACUGUGAUAUCAUUACAUAUCUUGCCUAGUGCUUGAAUAGAACGUAGCUACGUGGAAAUCUCAUCAACAUGAUAAGGUUAAGGAAAGAUUGCAGUCCAACAUGUUUAUGUCCUUCUUGUUUUCGAAUCGUUUCAAGAAAAGAAGGAUGUAGUGUGUUUUUGAUAUCAGUUUACACUUUCUUCAUUACUGUAUUUCCUCGAUUAAACACCCCGCCAUAUAUUUCAUUCAGACCCCCUGUGUUUAAUUACAAAGAUCGUAAUUGGGAGAAUUAUGUUCAUAAAAUCUCCCACGCUUUAAUUGAGGAAAUACGGUAUCUCUGUCACACAUACAGAGGUUUGAGGAAAGAGGGUUAGGAAUGUAUCUAAAUGACCAGUAUGCAAAAAUAAUUUCUUCUGCGAUUUUAUUUUCAGACUAGACAUAACUUAGCCACGUAUCUCAAUAUUGGUUUUUUGUCAGUUAAUUAUUUGCUUACAAACUCGAUCAAUUCCAAUCUGCUGGUAUUUGUUUGAUUUUGACGACAGGGCGUUUCUGUUGUACCGAUAUUGUUUAAUUGGCGUUUCCUGUUGUUGGGUUUUACAUUUGUUCUUGAAGAUCUGUUACCUUUGUUCUUCUGUUACUUAUAUCUCAAUUUUUAUUGUCGUCAUCUCUCUUAUAUUCCAACGCCCAGGUUCCAUGAAAAGUCACAUUCUGAUUUUGUUUUGCUUGAAAGCGGACAUCUUGGUUCCUCUUUUUCACUGCUCAAUCUGUUAUCAUUCUUUUAUGGGUAUUUUUUUCCAUUUCCUUUUAGCAUGUUUAUCUCAAGUUUACACUGCAAUAUGCAAACAAAUUUUAACUAACAAAUGUCCAGAUGAACAAACCAAUUUCACCCAAAGUGCUAUUAAUUUUACAGUAUAUUUAAUUGUUUUGAAUCAGACAUUGAAACAUUGGCCUCAGUGGAUAUAUGCAAACAUCCUUUAUUGUUUAUGCCAUUUGCACAGGAAAUUGGGACAGCUGUGAUCUCAACAACACAAGUGGCAGCAGCUAUUUAUGCAUCCUGCAGUUGGACCAAUCAGAUUCCCCGUCUCAGAUCUGCCUUCUCCCAAUGUAAUGUGUCUGAGUGGCUGUGAUUAGUUUGUUUUGUACAUGAAUAACAAUGAGAUUUUAGUAUUGCUCAUAUUUAUAUAUGUCAUCUUAUUCAUGUGUGUAGUAACUAUGUGAUAAGUGCUAAUACCAUAACACUCACUGAAGAAGAAAUGGUUGGGAAAAUAUCUAGAAUCAGUGACUUCUCCCUUGAUAAUUCAGUGCAAAAAAUGUUUUUAGUACAUAUAUAUAUAUGAAACCCACAUGACAAUUUUUUGACUCUUGGGAUUGUGCAAUUUUGUAAGUUUAGGAAGUGGUUUUAAAUAUUUUUAUAGCUAAUUUAUUUGGCAGAAUAUUUUCUUAACAAAUGCCACACAAAGCUGUUGCCCUUUGAUACUCAAUAGGCAUAACAGUCCUGUACAAGUAUUUUCUACUUGACAGAAAUAUUGCAUGUUUGGAAACUGGUGAUAUUCUGUCAAGGCCAUUAAGAAUUAAAUUGCUUGUUUAAUACAAGAUAUUUGAUAUCCUUGUUGAGACCUCCAUUUUUCCAAUUCUCCACUUUUACUCAACUAGUGUACAUGUAUUUGGAAAAACUGAACCAAAAUACAUUUGAGUUUCCAUUUUCAGCAUUCAUGACUUCCAGUAACAUUAGAAAUGCAUCAAUUCCCAGGAAAACAAUAGUAAGGACAUGUUAAUUGUUAAUGAUUGUUAAUUGUUCGCUUGUUUUUUUAUACUUUGAUGUAUAUUUUGGUAACAUGUAACUCAGUGAAGGAUCAUGGGAGAAAGCAGUGAUGUCAUGUGACAUUUGCAUUCUGUUGCUAGGUUUGCAAGUUCUCUCAUGUGAACUUGGUGUAUAUAAUCAAAGAAUAAAUAUAUGUAUGUAAUAAAAA